AUAAAAGUGAGCCUACUUGAGUUGAGCGGAUUUAUCUCUCAAUAGUAUAGAGCGUUUCAAUAUUUUGUGGACUUAUUUUCAUAGAUUUUUAAGUUUAUUUCUUUAGUUUGUAAAUUAGUGUUUAUUUUUGAUUACUCAGCAAAAUGAAAUCCGAAGUGAUGAAGUAUGAAGGGAUAGCUAUGAGCUAUGGAAACAUCAUACUUCCAAGUCAUAAAUUCAUGUGUACACCUUCAUUCAUGGAUGGUUUAGAUGCACAAAGUGAAUACCAAAUGAGGAUUUUAGGUACAGAAUUAAUUCAAACAGCGGGAAUUUUGUUGAAGCUGCCCCAAAUAGCGAUGGCCACAGGACAAGUUUUAUUCCAACGGUUUUACUAUUCAAAAUCUUUUGUUCGUCACAAGAUGGAAAUAACAGCCAUGGCUUGUACUCUUUUAGCCUCUAAAAUUGAAGAGGCGCCAAGAAGGAUUCGUGAUAUAAUCAAUGUUUUUAAUCAUAUACGCCUGGUUAGAGCAGGUCUACCAGCUCAACCAGUGCUCCUGGAUCAAACUUAUAUUGAAUUGAAAAAUGAAAUUAUUUACAAAGAGAGACAAUUGUUAAAAGAGACAGGUUUCUGUGUCCACAUGAAACAUCCUCAUAAAUUUAUCGUCACUUUACUUCAGAUCUUGGACCUGAAAGAUAAUAAAACACUCAUGCAAAUAUCAUGGAAUUAUAUGAAUGACAGCUUAAGGACUGAUGUAUUUUUGAGGUGGCCUCCUGAAACAAUAGCAUGUGCUUGCGUACAUUUAAGUGCCAAUCUUUUAGGCAUUCCAUUAUUAACAAAUCCAGCAUGGUAUGAACUUUUUGAUGCCUCCAAAGAAGGAAUAGAAGAAAUUUGUCUCACCAUACUCAAAGUUUAUACACUAAAGAAACCUAAUCAAGAGGAAUUGGAACAAAAAAUAGAUUCAUUGAGACAAAAUUGGGAGAAUAAAAAUGGCGUCAAAGCUAAUAAAGGACUGACGGAUGAAACCAAUGCAAACAUAAAUACCUCAACAACGUCCGUACAUGAAAAGGAAAAGAAGAGUAGUAAAAAUAGUCACAAUGAUAAUAGUUCUGCAAGAUCAUCCACACGAGUUGAAAAUAGUGAGAACCGAUCUAGAUCGAAAGAACGCUCUAAAGAUCGUAGUUACUAUAAAUCAUACAAAAAACAUAAAAAAGACAAAGAUCGAUAUCGAAAGUCAAGUCGAUAUUCUCAUCGUUAUGAUUAAUUGACAAUUGAAAUAGAUAUUUAUCAAUGAACUUGGCUCAAAACGUAAUACAUCAUGAUAAAGUCUAUUUGUACAUUAAAACAUUUAUAAAAAUUAAAGAUAUAUUAACGAAACAAA